UUCUUCGCUUAACUGAAAUAUAUUUUUAUAUAAUUUGGGCAUACUUAGACUUUGAGUAGUGUCUUGAGCUUCAAAGGGUGGGUCUUUGUUUGUGCUUCUAUUUCUUUAAUUAGUUAUCUUUAUAUAAUCACUUGCAUUUUUGCCUCUUUACUAUACAUAAUAUACACACACAUACACACAGCACAUUUUUAUAAAUAUGUUUUUGUGUGAAAAGUUGAUUUCGUUUUUGGUUAGCUUCUGGGUUUUUCCUGGGAUUUUUUUUACAGUUGGGAUAUUUGAGCUUUGAGCACGUUAUAUGAUUUUACAAGCUAUUUAUAUGGUAUCUAAUUCUAAAACUUAGUGGGCUUGAUCCACUUGUUAACUACCUGAAUUUUUCAGUAAGGCGUUUUAUUCUUAAAGAAGAAUAUUUUGCAUCUUCUAGAGGGGCUUUUGCUGUGGUUUUUAAGAUUUUGGGGAUAUAGAGUAUGGCUGGUGGUAGAAGGAAAAAGCAGCAUUUGAGUAGAAUCCACGAAUUUUCAUUUGGAAGAACAUCUUCCGAUGAGGAGCUUUCCCUUAUUGGAGGCCCUGGCUUUUCGAGAGUUGUCUUUUGCAAUGACCCUGAUUGCAUUCAGGCCGUUUCUUUCAAGUUUGUUCCCAAUUAUGUCAGAACUACGAAGUAUACCCUUGCAACAUUUCUUCCAAAAUCAUUGUUCGAGCAAUUCAGACGUGUUGCCAAUGUAUAUUUCCUUGCGUGCGCUCUCUUGUCAUUCACUCCGCUCUCUCCUUACUCUGCUGUCAGCAAUGUGCUCCCUUUUGUUGUUGUGAUUUGUGUGUCAAUGGGUAAAGAGCUUCUUGAAGAUUGGAGGCGCAAAAUGCAGGAUAUCGAGAUGAACAACAGAAAGGUUAAAGUGCAUCUUGGUGAUGGCAUUUUUGAUAAUUCUAAAUGGAGGGAUUUGAGAGUUGGAGAUGUAGUCAAGGUGGAAAAAGAUGAAUUUUUUCCUGCUGAUCUCAUUUUACUUUCGUCGAGUUAUGAAGAAGCAUUUUGCUAUGUUGAGACCACAAAUCUUGAUGGAGAAACCAAUUUGAAGCUAAAACAAGCUCUAGAAAUAACUUCAAACUUAAAUGAGGACUCUAAAUUACAAAGUUUCAGGGCGGUCAUUAGAUGUGAAGACCCAAAUGCAAAUUUGUAUACUUUUGUUGGAAGUUUGAUGGUCGGAGAACAGCAAUAUCCACUUGCACCUCAGCAGCUUUUGUUAAGAGACUCGAAGCUAAAGAACACAGAUUUCAUUUAUGGGGUCGUUAUCUUCACAGGUCAUGAUACAAAAGUUAUUCAAAAUUCAACUGGACCCCCAUCCAAGAGAAGCACAAUUGAGAGAAGAACCGAUAAAAUUAUCUACUUGCUGUUUUCUGCUCUAGUUUUGAUGUCAGUUGUUGGGUCAAUUUUCUUUGGGAUUGCGACAAGCGAGGAUCUGGAAAAUGGCGUGAUGAUAAGAUGGUACCUUAGACCAGAUGACACUACAAUUUACUAUGAUCCAACAAGAGCAACAAUUGCAGCACUUUUGCUAUUUCUGACUGAUCUAAUGUUGUAUAGUUACUUGAUUCCCAUAUCUUUAUAUGUUUCGAUAGAAAUUGUCAAAGUCCUGCAGAGUGUAUUCAUCAACAAUGAUUUGUACAUGUACUAUGAGGAAGGUGACAAGCCAGCACAAGCACGUACCUCAAAUUUGAAUGAAGAACUUGGUCAAGUUGAUACAAUACUUUCUGAUAAAACAGGAACCUUGACUUGCAACUCAAUGGAAUUUAUCAAGUGUUCAGUGGCAGGGACCGCUUAUGGCCGUGGAGUUACAGAAGUUGAGAGAGCUCUGGCUAGGAAAAAAGGGUCACCCUUAGCACAAGAGGUGACAGAUGAAGGGGGCUUAGAGGGUUCUACAGAAGCAAAGCCAUCUAUUAAGGGGUUCAAUUUCAUGGAUGAAAGGGUCAUGAAUGGUAAAUGGGUUAAUGAGCCUCGAUCAGAUGUAAUCCAGAAGUUCUUCCGGUUAUUGGCUAUCUGCCAUACUGCCAUAGCUGAUGUGGAUGAAGAAACAGGAACAAUUUCAUAUGAAGCUGAAUCACCAGAUGAAGCGGCUUUUGUGAUUGCGGCAAGAGAACUUGGCUUUGAAUUUUUUGAGAGGUCUCAAACAAGUAUCUUGCUGCAUGAGUUGGAUCCCACAUCUGGUAGGAAGGUUGAAAGGUUGUACAAACUUUUGAACGUCUUAGAGUUUAGUAGCUCAAGAAAGCGAAUGUCUGUUAUAGUAAGAAAUGAAGGGGGAAGGCUACUAUUGCUUUGUAAAGGUGCUGACAGUGUCAUGUUUGAAAGGCUUGCAAAGAAUGGAAGGGAGUUUGAAGAGCAAACUAAGGAGCAAAUUAAUGAGUACGCUGAUGCUGGUUUGAGGACAUUGGUACUUGCAUAUCGUGAAAUUGAUGACGAGGAAUACAACGAGUUCAAUGAAAAAUUUACCGAGGCCAAAAAUACAGUGAGUGCUGAUCGUGAGGAGUUGGUUGAGGCAGUUGCGGAGAGGGUUGAGAAAGAUUUGAUUCUUCUUGGUGCUACCGCUGUUGAAGACAAACUCCAAAAUGGGGUUCCUGAAUGCAUUGACAAGCUUGCGCAAGCUGGAAUUAAAAUUUGGGUUUUGACAGGAGAUAAGAUGGAGACAGCAAUUAAUAUUGGUUAUUCCUGUAGUUUGCUAAGACAGGGAAUGAAGAAAAUCAUAAUAAACUCUGAGGCACCAGAGUUUAAAGCACUGGAGAAAUAUGGGGAUGAUUCUGCUGUUAGUGAGGCAUCAAAAGCAAACAUCCUCCAUCAGAUAAGUGAGGGCAAGGAACUGCUUACUGCAUCAAUAGAAAGCUCUGAGGCAUUCGCUUUGAUCAUCGAUGGGAAGUGUCUCACUUAUGCUCUCGAGGAUGAUAUAAAGGACAUGUUCAUGGAACUUGCACUUGGCUGUGCAUCUGUCAUUUGCUGUCGUUCAUCACCUAAACAGAAAGCACUUGUUACUAGACUGGUUAAAGUUAGAACUGGUAAGACGAUAUUAGCAGUUGGAGAUGGGGCAAAUGAUGUUGGAAUGCUUCAAGAAGCGGAUAUUGGAGUUGGUAUCAGUGGGUUUGAAGGAAUGCAGGCGGUUAUGUCAAGUGAUUUUGCGAUUGCACAAUUCUGUUUUCUGGAGCGCUUGCUACUUGUGCAUGGACAUUGGUGCUACAGAAGGAUCUCAUUAAUGAUAUGCUAUUUCUUCUACAAGAACAUUGCAUUUGGUUUCACUAUUUUUUUCUUCGAGGCAUAUGCAUCAUUCUCUGGCCAGCUCUCAUACAAUGAUUGGUAUCUGUCCUUUUAUAAUGUUUUCUUCACAUCACUUCCUGUGAUUGCCCUUGGAGUGUUUGAUCAGGACGUAACAUCACAAUCGUGUCUCAAGUUCCCUAUAUUAUACCAAGAAGGUGUACAAAAUGCCCUAUUUAGUUGGUUACGUAUCCUCGUCUGGUCGUUUAAUGGUGUAUAUGCUGCUACCUGUGUGUUCUUCUUCUGCAUAUAUGCCAUGGAGCAUCAAGCAUUCCGUAAAGGUGGGGAAGUUGUUGGCCUGGAAAUCCUUGGCACGACCAUGUAUACAUGUGUAGUGUGGGUUGUGAAUGCUCAAAUGGCACUCUCAAUCAAUUACUUUACUUACAUACAACAUCUCUUCAUUUGGGGUGGGAUUGCACUUUGGUAUCUGUUCCUCUUGGCAUAUGGAGCUAUGGACCCUGACAUAUCAACAACCGCCUAUAUGGUCUUCACAGAAGCCUGUGCACCAUCCGUGACCUUUUGGUUCGUGACACUCUUGGUGCUGGUCUCGAGUCUUCUCCCAUAUUUUGCUUACUCAGCCAUUCAAAUCCAGUUUUUCCCAAUGUAUCACAACAUGAUACAGUGGAUAAGAUUCGAGGGGCAAUCUGAUGAUCCCGAGUAUUGCCACAUGGUGCGACAAAGAUCAAUAUCGCCCACGACAGUAGGCUUUACAGCACGGUUUGAAGCAAAAUCCAGUCCCUUGGAAGAGAAACUUUUGCCAUGACUUAUAUUAGAAGAUAGCUAAAGAUUUGUUGCAAUUGCAGAGACAAGUAUCUUCUAUUACAUACAUAUAGGUAGUUCUGUCAAAUGCGAGAAAUUGGCCUUUUGGCUGGGUAAGCAAGAGAGGUCCAUCUUGGAGACCAGUACUGUUAUAGGUUAAUUAGUGUAUUCACACCCUCCAAUUCAAUUCAAUGGUUAGAAAUGUUAAGUAAAAGCUCAAAAACCAGUAUAUUUUUUUUUGAUGUAUUGGUGAAUUAGUGCUCUCACAAUUGUUGUAUCAUCCCAAACCUUCUUUGUUUUACAAAGAUAGGCUCAGAAGCUCUGCUUAUGUUUUGCUUCUGCAAUGUAAAAUUUAAUAUAUAUUGAUACUCUCAAGCACAUAGUUAAGAUAUUUUUAUGCUA